AAAUAACAAAAAAUCAUAAGAUUCAUAACAUAUAUUUCAAAUAAUUUACUUAAAGGUAGUUAAAUGAAAACCUAAAAAUUUUCUGCUUACAUUUUAAGAAUAAUGAAUCUAAUUUAAAAUACACGAGUAUGAGAAAUUAUGAUUCUACAUAUAUAUGAGUAAAAACAAACAAGCAAAUUAAUAAAAUUUUAGUAUUUUUUAAAAUAUCACUUUUUUUUAGCUAUAUUAUUUCAAAUUUAAAUUAAAAAUAUAUUAUUUAGUUAAAAUAGAAUACAUCCAUAAGAAAAAUACCAUUCUUGAUAGCACCAUCCAAUUCCAUUAGAGAAUUGAAAUUAUAGCAUUAAAAAUUUGGAUGGACUUAAUUUUUGUAGACUUUACAAAAGGAUGUUGUCUUGGGUCAUACUGUAAGGACUGUAUAAUGGGCUCAGUUUGUUUUUCUAAAUAUACAUAUUUGGUUGUUAUAAAAAACGUUUGAUCAAUAACCAGAUAGCUGUAUUUAACUUAGUUUCAAAUAUAUACUAUGGACUCAUUUUUAAAAGAUGUUAUUUAUGAUGCUUUAACAAAUAAAAUAGAAAGUGAAAGUCAUCAGGAAAAGUUAGUAAAUUAUCAGAAUACAUACAGAUUAGAAUCAAAAAAUUCAUUUAGUGAAACUAAAGCUUUGGAAGUAGUGCAAGAAGAAAUUGAAAAAUAUAUAAAAAUUGAAACAAAAUAUGAUGCACAGAAAGCAGCAGGAAUAUGUGCAGCUUUAUCUCAAGCCAUAAGAGAUCGAAUACAUGAUAUGAAUUUUGACAGGUUUAUUGAACAGUACAAGAUAGUAUGUAUUGUAGACAUUGGAGAAAAAAAAGGACAAGGUGUUAUGUCAAUAGUUAGAUUUUUACGAGAUAGCAAUAAAGAUAAAUACAUAGUUAAAACUUAUGAAAAUAAUUUUUUAUUUGUAUCUAUCAUGAUAGGCGCUUUAUACUAUGAAUGAAUAAACAAACAGCACUAAUGAAUUCAAGUAAUGAUGUUUUAAGUUUUAAAUUUGUAUUAAAUUAAUUUUUUUUAUC